UCGCUCACUAGCUCUCUGAUAAUCAUCCCACUUCCAUUGCGACGGGGUCGAUCUAGCUCCUGAGUUUGAGUUCCAUCCCCCCACGACAGUAGGAAAAAUGGGCUCUCUCGGGAACAAGCCCCAUGCAGUCGUCGUUCCAUACCCGACCCAGGGCCACGUGACCCCGUUGCUUAACUUGGCAAAGCUGCUCCACCACCGAGGCUUCCACAUAACAUUCGUGAAUACAGAGUACAACCAUCGCCGCCUCCUCAAAUCCAGGGGGCCCGACUUCCUCAAUGGCCUCCCGAGCUUCCGGUUCGAGACCAUCCCUGAUGGCCUCCCUCCCUCUGAUGCCAAUGCCACGCAAGAUGUCCCCUCCCUGUGCGACUCCAUCAACAAGAAUUGCUUGCCGUACUUUAGGGAGUUGCUCUUAAAAUUGAAUACCAUGGCUUCUAAAGGUGAGAUCCCUCCGGUGAGUUGCAUAGUCCCGGACGGGGUGAUGACGUUCACGCUGGAGGCAGCGGACGAGAUUGGGGUGCCAAAGCUGAUUCUUUGGACAGCAAGUGCUUGUGGGCUCUUGGGCUACAUGCAUUACAAGCAUUUGAUUGAAAAGGGCAUUGUUCCAUUCAAAGAUCCCAAUUUCCUAACAAAUGUCUGCUUGGACACCCUUUUGGAUUGGAUUCCUGGUUCGAAAGUUAUGCGCUUGAAGGACAUGCCGAGCUUUAUUCGAACCACGGACCCCGAUGAUAUCAUGCUAAACUUUUUCGUGCUUGAGGCUGAGAGGAACAAGGAAGCCACUGCAAUUAUCCUUCACACUGUGGAGGAGUUUGAGCACAAUGUGAUAGAGGCACUCAGGACCAUGCUUCCUCCAUUGUACGCGAUCGGACCCCUUCAGCACCUCCUAGAGCAGGUCCCCGACCCCGAGCUGAAAUCCAUAGGAUCCAACCUGUGGAAGGAAGAUCGAGGCUGCUUCGAGUGGCUUGACACCAAGGCACCCAAUUCUGUCAUUUUAGUGAACUUUGGGAGCAUAACGGUCAUGUCAGCUGAGCACCUGGUUGAGUUCGCAUGGGGGCUCGCCAAUAGCAACAAGAGCUUCUUGUGGGUGAUCCGCCCUGACCUCAUAUAUGGCAAGUCGGCCGUUCUGCCGCCGGAUUUUGUUAGCUCGACUAAAGGAAGGGGUUUACUGAUGAGCUGGAUCCCCCAGGAGGAAGUGCUCAACCACCCCGCGAUAGGGGCAUUCCUGACCCACAAUGGGUGGAACUCGACACUAGAGAGCAUGUGUGCAGGCGUGCCGAUGAUCUGCUGGCCAUUCUAUGCGGAGCAGCAGACGAACUGCAGGUACAGCUGCACGGAGUGGGGGAUAGGGAUGCAGAUCAGCAGUGACGUUAAGAGGGAUGAAGUGGAAGGGCUAGUGAGGGAGAUGAUGGAGGGGGAGAAAGGGAAGAAGAUGAGAAACAAAGCCUUGGAGUGGAUGAAGGCGGCUAAAGAAGCUAACACGGCUCCUUUGGGCUCAUCUUACGUUAAUCUUGAGGCCGUGAUCAGUAAGGUUCUGCUUACCUCGAAGAAGUAGUUCUUCAUUACUACUUUCCAAGAAGAGAAUAAGUUACCGUUUGAUUAUUUCGGACAAUCGGCUUAGUAUCCUUCUGUCGUGGAUUUCGGAAAUACACUUCCUCAUGUGCCUGUAUCUCCGUAGUUUCUAUUGUUUUUUCUUGCAUUGCCUGGCAAGGGCUUUAGCUAAGAUUAAUGUGUGUUUCCUGGUAUUCAGUUAUUAGUUUCUUUGUUUUGGUCGACUUCAUGGGCAUUGUCUGUUUAUAUCUACAUAUCUACAUUUGUGUCGGAUGUUCCCAUACAAAUAAAGAGUCUCUUUCUUGCGUA